GGGACACACAUAUCCGGACCGUGCCAGGACCGAGACACGGCCGGGUGGCGCUCGUCCCUCGGUACGUUUGUCUUCAAGCCACACUCUUCCGGGUCUCGCCAGUGUUCCGUUCGUUUCCAUUGCUGUGACAUUGAAAUAUCUGUCGUCUUAUUUUUUUUUUUAAUAGUUAAAAUGUUUAGUAGUUUUCGAAAUAGUGACUUGGGCAUGAUAGCCCUUGCUUUAGAGGAGGAAGAGAAUGAAACAAGAAUGAGAAAGCCAAGUAACAGAAAUAUAUGGGUUCACAGUGCAUGGAAGACAAGAUCUCUACAAGGGGAGUUUCGAACGCUAUUCCCUCUUCUCAUCGAUGAUGAGACAAAAUUUUACGAGUAUUUCAGGAUGACACAGUUUACAUUCCAUCAACUACUAAACAAACUUGAAGCAGAAUUGAAAAAAAAUGAAACUUUUUGGAGACCAUCAAUUUCUCCCACUCAAGGCCUGGCUGUAUUUUUAAGAUUCCUUGCUACAGGAGAUUCUUUCAAAACCAUUUCCUUUAGCUACAGGCUGGGAAAAUCAACAGUUGCAUCCAUUAUCCAUGACACCUCUAAAGCAAUAAUCAAUGUUUUGUUAGAUGAGGUUAUGCCUGUACCGAAAGAAAAUGAAUGGAAUGCUAUAGCGGAAGAAUUUUGGAGAAAAUGGCAGUUUCCAAAUUGCAUCGGGGCCAUAGAUGGGAAGCAUGUUGUAAUACAAGCUCCAAAAAACUCAGGAAGUCUUUAUUGGAAUUACAAGAAGACAUAUUCUAUUGUGCUGCUGGCCCUUGUUGAUCCGUGCUACAACUUUAUUGCAGUAGAUCUGGGAGCAUAUGGGAAAAACUCAGAUGGAGGUAUUUUGGCAAACUCAAAUCUUGGAAAGUCAUUAGAAAAUAACAAACUUAAUGUACCAAAAAUUAAAGCAUUACCUAACACUAAUAUUGAACUUCCAAUGGUAAUUGUUGGCGAUGAAGCUUUUCCUCUGAAAAGAUAUUUAAUGAGACCUUAUCCAGGAAGGGGCUUGACAAAUGACAAAGCUAUUUUUAAUUAUCGUUUGAGUCGGGCAAGAAGAAUAUCGGAAAAUGCUUUUGGUAUCCUGCAACAGAAAUUUAGAAUAUUUAAUAGAACCCUCCAAGGAGAUCCUGGAAAUCUAACAAACAUCGUUAUGACUGCAUGUAUUUUGUACAACGUUUUGUGUGUUUUUAUUCGAAAAAUCGAAGGUUAUAAGGUUUCUGAACAGGUGUUGAACGAAAGUGAAGCAGAUAGAAAAUCUGACAGAUAUUCAAAUCUUCAAAACCUACCUCGGCUUCGUGGUAGAUCUACAGAUGCUGCAUUUGAUGUGCGAGAGCAACUGAAAACCUUUUUGAAUUCACCAGAAGGGAGUGUAGAAUGGCAAGAGGAGGUAGCGUUGAGACUUUAAUUACACAACCGUACUUUGUUUUUUUUUUUGUAAAAUUAAAAAUUAAGUAGUAUUAAGUAAAACUAGGAUAUCUACCUACUUAUAUAAUAAAAGUGAAUUGGCUAUAUUUUUUAAUAAUAUUUAACAUGCUUUCGAAAAAUGUAUUUGGUCAAGAAAUGCUCUUUCAUACAUAAACGCCAUACACCAACCAAUGUUUUCAAGAAUUACCCCCUUAAAUAUUAGCAUAUUAUUAAGAAACAUCCUGUAUAUUUUUGUCAUCUCAAAAGCAAUUUGUUUACCUACCUUUAACUUG